AUAAAAUUAACCCUGCUACAGAAAAGAAAUAUAGAACCAACUAAAUUACAUUCCACAUAAAUCCUUCUCUUAUUUUUACAGAUUAAUAUAAGCUAAUUACCACUCAAAACAUCGUUGUUCUUCAAGCAAGCUUCAACUAUGGCUUUAAUUAGGGAGGGAAUGGCUAGGAGUUUGAAGAGAAUAGUGCCGCUGUUAGACAGAGGGCGAGGAAUAAAAUCAAUGACAGGAACAACGCCGAAGAUGAAGGCGUAUGCGGCUUCAACUGAAGGGGAGCCUAGUAAAGGAAAAGCAAAGGGUGGCAACUAUGUACCAGUUUAUGUAGCAUUGGGUAUGAUAGGGCUGGCUGUAGCUUUGGGAGUACACACUGCCAAGCAGCAGUUCAUGCACGCCCCUGCUGUUCGAGUCAAGAAGAGCCGGAGAGAGAUGGUAUCGGAGGUAGACGAGCCUGAUCGUGUUACCCAAGAGUCUGAAGAUUUCAUAAAGAAGUCCUUCUUUCGGAAGGUUGCAAAUGUUCAGGAGUUUGAGACUCCUGUUAAUGAUCCUAUCCAUGGCAAUCCCCUCACAAGGGAGCCACGGGUUGAGUCAUUGAAGACGGUAGGAAUCAAUCCUGUUAGUGGUAAUGAUUCAAGCGCUAAAGCGACUUAAGAAAUCGAUCAUGACAUUAAUCGGUGUUUGUUUCUGUUUCGGUCCAUUUUAUCCUUCUAAAUGUUCUAACUAUAGAUCUUUUGAUUUUGGAACUGUAGAAAAUAAUAAUAUCCCUUGCUCUUAAUGCUGGCUA